UUGGACCGAUAAGGCAGGAAGAGGAGUGAGAAGUGAAAAAAACUGAGGGGAAGAAAAAGGAGAGGGAGCGAGAAGGAAAGAAACGCUUCAAACAGUAAAGUGAACUCAGCAAAGAACAAGGACGUUGAGUCAGCAGUUGCAGUUUGAGGGGAAAAGAGGAAGAGGAAAGCUGUGAUAGUAUAUUAGUGUGUGCAGAGGUUCUCAUUUUGUUUUUCUUGUGUAGUGGUUAAAUGGACUCCAUGGAGGACACACAGGUGGCCAGGACCAUAGAGCUGAAUGAUGGCACACGUAUGCCAGUUUUGGGUCUGGGGACAUGGAAGUCCUCUCAUCUUCCCCGCACCUCAGUCCAGGGUGCAGUAGAGGCUGCCAUUGCUGCUGGGUACCGCCACAUAGACACAGCGUACUGCUACAAAAAUGAAACCGAUAUUGGCAAGGCUCUGCGAUCCAUGAUGCAGCAGGGUGUCAUCAGGCGUCAAGACAUGUUCAUUGUCAGUAAGCUGUGGGAUACCCAUCAUGCCCCAGAGGACAUCCCGGUGUGCCUGAAUAAGUCCCUGAAUGAUCUCCAGCUGGACUAUCUGGAUCUUUAUCUUGUGCAUUUCCCUGUUGGCCUCAAGAAAAUGGGUGAUGAGCUUUUUCCAAUGAAGGAUGGAAAUAUGCUGACCUCUGACAUAGACUACAUAGAUGUUUGGAGGGGGAUGGAAGCCCUGCAAGCCUCAGGGAAGGUGAAGAGCAUUGGUGUGUCCAACUUCAACAUCCUGCAGCUGAAGAGGCUUCUUGCUCUGUGCAGGGUGCCACCCGCUGUCAAUCAGGUGGAGCUACACCCCUACCUGGUACAGAAAGAUAUGAAAGAGUUCUGUAAAUCCGAGAACAUCACCCUGACUGCCUACAGCCCCUUUGGCUCACCCGAGAGACCGCCAGAGUUGCUCAGAGGAGAGACCGAUCCACACAAGCUCCUGGAUGAUCCAGUUGUAGCCGAUAUAGCCAAGAAGCACAGACGCAGCCCUGCACAGGUACUGCUGAGGUACCAUGUGCAGCAGGGUAUUGCAGUCAUCCCUAAGAGUGACAAACCUCAUCACAUCCUUGAAAACACGAAGAUCUUUGAUUUCAGUCUGACUGAGGAAGACAUGAGAGCUCUGACAGGACUGGACCGAGGGUGGAGAUCCUGCAUGUCGGAAGAAGUCAAGUCUCAUCCAUACUACCCCUUUGUUUAAGGCUACCAGGGGAGUGGAGAGAGAUGACGGCAUUCUGGAUCUACUACAACCAGCCCACUGACACACUGCCUACACACAGCAUCACACACUGCCAGUCAUCAGUGACGUGUUUAACUGAAGAUUUUGAAGACGUUUCAGUCUUCAAAUAUGAACAUAAUGAAUGUGACAAAUAUCAGGGCACUGAUAAAUUCUUUACUUAUUCUAUACUUAAAACUGUGAUGAUCUUCUCUAAAGUAUAAAAUACUUUGUUUUCACACAAUUAUUAUUCUUUUUAUCCAUCCAUCCAUUAUCUGUACAUUAUAUGUACGCCGCUUAAUCCUCUGCAGGGUCGCGGGGAUUAUUCUUUUUAAUUUGACAAUUUCACAAAAAACAGUUUAAAAUAAAUAAUCAAUCAAAAUCCAAAUCCAAAUAAUCUGGAAACAUUUUAUUAAAAUAUACAAUACUGAACACAUUAUAAUUUAAUUACAUACACUUUCUGUUAAUGUGCAUCAUGGUAGGCUUCUCAAAAUAGAUCUUAUAAAAGCAUGCGAUGUGCUUUGGUGGGAGACAUAUGGGUACAGUCAAGCCUUCAGUCUGCAGAUUUAGUUUAUAUAUGUCCAUAUACUUAGAAAAUGACACAUGAAUAAUUGUGUAUCUAAUUCAUUGCAGUUUUAUACUCUUUAGAGGUAUUAGUUACAAUAUCCUUGUUGGGACUAUAUCACUGCUAAUGCUUUUAGUAGUGAAAGCCAGACUGACCUUGGAGCAGUAGUGAAGAUUCUGAAGGACAGGAAUGACCCCGUGACUGACAGAGGAACAGCACGAAUCAGUUUGUCCAGUGCUAAUGCUCAGGCAUACUGUAGGUUAAUCAGCUACAGUUGUUGUAACAUAUGCUCCAUGAAUAAAAUCUGACUUAAAUGCACUCUUUACCAAACAAAUUUAUGUUGUUUUUGCACUGGUCAAACCUCUGUAACAACAAUUUGUUACAGCCUUGCGUUAACUCCAUUAUAGCCAUAUCCAUUCUUGCCAGUUAUCCAUUCUUGAAUGGCACAUAUGUGGUAUAAACUAAUGGCAGCAGAUUUACCUGUUGAAAAUCAGUCAUUUCUCAAACAAUUGAUGGUUGAAUUCAGACAGGUUUCAGCCAAUUAGCUUGUUCAUUCCAAGUAUGGGCAACUACCAUCAAUGUUGUCUUAUUAAAUUAUUUCAAUUAAUUAAUCUUUGAUACAAUGCGUUGGACAUAUCAACAUUUUUGGGAAAGGAGAACUCAAAGUAUUAUCAAACAAUAAUUUGGUGGGCCCCAUGAAAUACUGAUGACCUCUUAGGGGGUCGUGGACCCUUUGUUGUGGAGCCAGGAUGUAGAGGACAUGGAGAUGAAGCACUGCUUCUGUAUUGCAGUGAAGAGCAAGUUAGUUAGCAGUGGACUACAUCUGCAGCUGGUGUGAGGACACAAGAGGACUCUUGAAAAUGUUAAACUUUGCAAUAUUUGUGGUUCUGCCCACUAUGACGUGUGGAUUGUAUAAUAAUUGGCUCUUGGCUUGAAAUUUGUUGUCACAUGAUGCGUAGCCUACAUUUUAGGAUCAAGACACUGUGGCAGGUUUUUCUUUUACUUAUGUAAUGAUUUCAAACAAUCAGAAUUUUACAAAAGAAUCUACCUGCACUACCAAUUUUAUUUUGACCUUCUUGUUGUCUUUCCUUUGUAAAUGUGUAGAUUUGUCCACAGUGCUGACUACAGUAUCACUCUAACCAUUAAUCAUGUCUUGCAGGUUAACGCUAAAUAUUAACCCUCUGUUCAGCCUUUGAGCCUCAACCAGCCCUCAUUCACACUUUAAAGUGACUAUGAGGAACUUUCAGCGCCCCCCUUUGACACAAGCACUAUGACAUCAGUGCCUGCUGUCAUAAAGAUCUUUGCUAGCAUGGGCUAGCAAUGUUUGCACUGGUGUUGGAAGUAAGUGACAGACUGACGGGACUGUUUCAUAAACACUUAAAAGUUCCUCAUAGUCCAAAACACAGAGUGAUGUCUGAAUGCAAAAGUAUACUUUUGAAUCUAAUGUACUGAGGAAACAAAAAGGUGAUAUGUGAUUCUGGAGUGUGGAGUGCCUCUUGGCUUGCAAGAAAAUAUUUCUCUUUUAUUAAAGAUUUUGAAUCAGA